UAACAUGUUUAGUAUUACUGUUGCCCGGUGCUGGACGUGCCACGGCCUCAAUAUGUGUUUGCACACCCAGCAAUGAAGCAACACCAGUGUACAGAAAAUCAAAUUCGUUGUCCGAAAUAGUUGGUCAUAUCAGAACAAACACGUGUUUGCAUGGCGAAUUAGUAAAGGGAAAAGAUUGGCGGUUGUUGUUAGGCAAUUUGGACUAUUAUAUCAAAAUACAGAAACUGAUAGAUUGCCCAAAUGACCGAGUAGAAAUCGAACCAAUCAUAAUACGGAUGCCGAAGAGAACCAAGGCAUACCACAGCAUUGACCAAAAGCGUUUUUUACUCGACAGUCUCAAUCAAGCGCAGUGUAACUUUGAUGUAAACUCGUUUUGCUCUUGGCGUAACGUGCACGGUUUCGAUGACUUUGAUUGGGUUUUGUAUCGAUCAUCAACACCCACGGACGAAACGGGGCCAGACUUCGAUCAUACAACACGCAAUUCCUCUGGAUCGUACAUAUUCACAGAGUCAAGUGCUCCGCGAAAUUUGUUCGAUACAGCUUGGAUUCAAAGUCCUACGAUAGAGUUGACUUCAGAACCCGUGCAUUGCUUCCGGUUCUGGUACCACAUGUAUGGAUCUUCGAUAGGUCGACUUAACGUUUACCAAGUAACCAACGGUGGGUUACCUGGCAAGCUGGUUUGGUCUCUUUCUGGCGACCAAGGUAACUCGUGGAAAGAAGGACAAGUGCCACUCAAUUCUCAUCAAAGUUAUUCGAUUCUCCUUAGUGGGAUAAUAGGCAAUGGCUAUCAAGGUGACAUUGCUGUAGAUGACAUCAAUGUGUCGGUUGGUUAUUGCAACGUCAAACCAUCCAACGCCUCAAGGACUGAUGUCACAAACACAACGUCCAUAACAGAUAUAACAACUACGACAAUAAGUCACAAGACAACACCAACACCACCAUCCUGGUCCGAAUGGCAGAGUGUGAUCGCGUGUUCCACAACAUGUGGCUCUGGGUUUGAAGAACGAAAGCGAAAUUGCUCCUCUGGAAAAAACAACGACUGCCCCGGAUCUUAUUUCGAAGUCGUCGUUUGCAACAAUCGGUCCUGUGACGUUGACGGCAUUUGGACACAAUGGUCUGAAACAUGUUCGGUCACCUGUGGGGGUGGUCUCUCAAUCCGAACAAGGGCGUGUUUCUACCCGGACCCAGAUCGCAUGGGAAAGCCUUGUUCCGGGGGUAACGCGGAAACAAAUGUCUGCAACACCAAUGUCUGCCCAGUUGACGGUAUUUGGGCCACGUGGACGGCGUGGGGCGACUGCUCAAAGUCGUGCGAUAAAGGUAGCCAAACACGCGCCCGGGCGUGCGCAUUUUUACCUAAUGCAACCCACGGUCUGAACUGUUCAGGGGAUUCCAAGGAAACUCGACCAUGUCAGAUAGCUGUGUGUCCAGCUGAUGGUUCCUGGGCGGACUGGUCAGACUGGUCCCAAUGCACCAAGACGUGUGGUUCCGAGGGAAGUGUGUUCCGUGCCAGAUCAUGUGUGUUUGACUCCGAUCGACCGCAUGGCACAUAUUGUCCUGGCAAUAGGUUACAGCGAGAAACAUGCACGCUGAACAAUUGCAUUGCUGAUGGCGCCUGGAACGAGUGGUCCACCUGGUCGCAGUGUUCUCACACGUGUGCGGGAGGGAAAAGGUCGAGAAGUCGAGUUUGCCUGUAUAGGCCUGACUUUGAUCACGGUCUACCGUGUCCGGGAGGCACACUGGAGUUGCAGGAAUGUGGGUUAACAGAAUGUCCAGCUGAUGGUUCCUGGGCGGACUGGUCAGACUGGUCCCAAUGCACCAAGACGUGUGGUUCCGAGGGAAGUGUGUUCCGUGCCAGAUCAUGUGUGUUUGACUCCGAUCGACCGCAUGGCACAUAUUGUCCUGGCGAUAGGUUACAGCGAGAAACAUGCACGCUGAACAAUUGCAUUGCUGAUGGCGCCUGGAACGAGUGGUCCACCUGGUCGCAGUGUUCUCACACGUGUGCGGGAGGGAAAAGGUCGAGAAGUCGAGUUUGCCUGUAUAGGCCUGACUUUGAUCACGGUCUACCGUGUCCGGGAGGCACACUGGAGUUGCAGGAAUGUGGGUUAACAGAAUGUCCAGUUGAUGGCGUUUGGUCUAUCUGGUAUAAAUGGAGUCAGUGCACGGUCACAUGCGGCACGGGUCGAGCUGUUCGAAACCGCACGUGCAGUUUCUAUACCCGCUAUCCGGACACGCCGCAUGGUGAUGAUUGCGAUGGGGAACACGCUCAAGCAAAAGAUUGUAACACACAACUGUGUCCUGUUGAUGCACGCUGGUCGACAUGGUCUGCUUUCUCCACGUGCAGCCAAACAUGCGGCGGAGGACGACGUACAAAAGCACGUCAAUGUAUUUAUGACGAGGUCGCCCCAAUCGGUCUUAACUGUACUGGCCAGUCUACCGUAACAGAGGAGUGUAGUACAAACGAGUGUCCAAUAGACGGUAUUAUUCAACCCUGGAAUUCCUGGACCUUUUGCUCCACGAGCUGUGGCGGAGGGGUCCACACUCGAACACGGGACUGCUACUUCCCUCCAAACAGACCUCAUGGAGCCGACUGCAAGGAACAACUGAACGAGACGGCGCCUUGUAGCGUCCAGUAUUGCCCUACCACCACAACAACACCACCACCGACAACAACGCUACCGACAGCUGAUGGCCACUGGUCAAACUGGACCUCAUGGACUGUGUGCACGCUAACCUGUGGGGGCGGGCAACAGUAUCGAGAGAGGCAGUGUACUUACCCCGACCACACCUUACAUGGACAAUACUGCCCGGGGCCUAAAAAUCAAACGCAGGAGUGCAAUUCCCGGAACUGUCCAGUGGACGGCAUUUGGACCCAGUGGUCCGCUUAUUCCAAAUGUUCUGUUUCUUGCGCAAGUGGUUUCCAAACCAGGACAAGACAGUGCCAGUUCGAUCCAAGGUAUGACAGAGGCAAUAGCUGUCCAGGAAAUGAAACAUCUACUCAGUUAUGUGACAAUGGACAUUGUCCUGUUGACGGUGUGUUCGAAAACUGGAGCACGUGGAACGCUUGUCCGGUCACGUGCGGAGGAGGAAUACAAGAUCGCGUGCGCGUCUGUCACUUCCCACUUAACGUUCCCCAUGGUUUGGCCUGUUUGGGAAUCUCACACGAGAACCAGACAUGUGGAAAUUCAGAUUGCCCAGUCGAUGGAGUAUUAACGGAAUGGUCACAGUGGGCCGACUGCACCCUAACCUGCGGAGGCGGCCAUAUGAUUAGGAAUAGGACAUGCUACUUUCCAACCGACAUACCACACGGCCAUGACUGCGUUGGAAACCUUAAUUUUGCCAAAGCCUGCGCCACUCAUGCAUGUCCAGUGGACGGUGUUUGGAACGAUUGGGCUUCAUGGGCCACGUGUUCUUUGACCUGCGGAGGAGGGUCACAGCAGAGGACGAGGAGGUGUCACUAUGACAGUAAUCAUCACGGGACCCCAUGCGCCGGACCAGAUACUGAGACGAGGGAUUGUAGCACCGAUCACUGCCCAAUUGAUGGUAAUUGGAACACUUGGAACUUAUGGACCUCAUGUUCGGUUACCUGUAGCAACGGAACAAAGUCUCGUGCUAGAGAAUGCUAUUUUGUGCCUAAUGAGCCCAAGGGCAACAACUGCUCUGGAAGCGCCAACGAGACUUUUGAUUGCAAUCUUGGGUUAUGUCCAGUGUGGUCGUCCUGGUUCAGUGGAACAUGCUCAGUGACAUGCGGGCAAGGCAACCAGGCACGUUUACGACAUUGUAGUACCGGAAAUUCAGCUGACUGUAAUGGACCGGCGUUCGAAAACGCCACGUGUCAUGCCUCGCCAUGUGCUGUCGACGGACAUUGGUCCGAAUGGUCCACGUGGUCCAAUUGUGACGUUACGUGUGCAAGUGGACAUACACACCGAACAAGGAACUGUUCAAAUCCCAAACCACUAUACGGGGGAUCCGACUGUCAAGGGGAUACUGUGGAUACAAAAUCGUGCACUUUGCAGAACUGUCCAACCUGGUCCCAGUGGUUUACGGGCGAGUGUUCGGUCACCUGUGGGGACGGAUCCGCGAGCCUCCUGCGGAUGUGCUCUACCGGAAAGGACUCAGACUGCUCAGGAACGCCGUUCGACAGUGUAGCCUGUCACAAGCCUGCUUGUUGAAUGUUCCGUUCGAUACAUUUGAAAUACACCGCCUAGGUCUGAAAACCGUUUAGUUAUGCCUAUCAGCAAACACCUUAGUUUGGUAUUGAGAUACAUUCCGAAUUCCUUCAAAUGGGGUUAUGUUGUGCCUUCAAUAAACGUCCGUGUUUCAUGAAUGCCGCCAUACAUAUACAAUCAUAAGUUUUGCCAAACUGCGGACAAAUCCAGCCAUUUUCUGUUGCAAUUAUUGAUUAUUUUGUGUGAUAAAGUAAAUCACUUGGACAAAGUAUAUGUAAUAAGAUUUCAAUCAUAAGUUUAAAAUGAAUACACAUCAUAUAUAAUCACUUUAAUUAAACUGGUAAAUGUCGAUGAUUUCCCGUUUGCUAAAAGUGGAUUUGAUUUAAAUCAAUCAUUUAAAGACUAGUUAACUAUAAGUUCAAUAGUUAGUUUUUAAACUUAAUCUAAAGAAUAAUAUGGAGAACGUUUUUCACACAUUGUAAAUAUAAAUUAUAACAUGUAGCUGGGGAAGGUUGAUUCCACAACAAGUGUUAUAUAUUACGGCUGAGUUGAAUAACGAUCGAUAAUACAUUAAUUUUAACAAAACUAAUAAAACUAAUAAGUAAAGUAUACCUUAGUAUACAUUUAUUUUAAAUUUUCUCAUUAUCCAAUAUACCUAUCUUACUGUCCUUUUACUGGAAAGAUGAAGUUGCAAACGUGUGUAAAAGCAAUAUCGAUAUACGUUUCAACAAUUAUAAGGUCAAUUGACCACACAAGCCAACUUGCUUAUCCACAAACGGCCCACUGGCUGUAAACAAACGGCAAAAUGGCGUUCAACAAACGGCCAACUGGCGUUCAACGAAUAGUCAACUGGCGUUCAACAAACGGUCAACUGGCAUUCAACAAACGGCCAACUGGCGUCUAACAAACGGCCAACAGGCGUUCAACAAACGGCCAACUGGCGUUCAACAAACGGCCAACUGGCUUAAACAAACGGUCAACUGGCGUUCAAUAAACGGCAAACUGGCGUUCAACAAACGACCAACUGGCGUUCAACAAACCGCCAAAUGGCGUUUAACAAACGGUCAACUGGCGUUCAACAAACGGCGAACUUGCGUUCAACAAACGGCCAACUGGCGUUCAACAAACGGUCAACUAGCGUUCAACAAACGGUCAACUUACAACAUAAGCCACCUGACAUGUACUCAAGUCCAACUGAGUUUCAAACAAGAAAAAGUAUUUAGCGUAUAUUCUUACUUUGAAAUAAAGGUAGAACAUUUACUUUGCUAUGUAAUGAAAUUAAAAAACAAACGUUUAAGUA